AUGGGUGUCUCCACGCUUCAGGAGCUCCAUGAUAUUAUCAUCGAUACCAUCAAGAAUAUCACACGAGGCGACUGGAAAGUCCUGGUACUAGACGAAGAUUCGAAGAAGGUUAUAGACAAUGUCAUUAAGGAAGAUGACAUCCUCAACAAUAACAUCGCCAACAUUGAGCGUAUCGAACAGAAGAGGGACAUGAACCCUGAGAUGGACGCCAUCUAUAUCUUGACGCCUAAAGAGAAUAUCGCUGAGAUUCUCGUAAACGAUUUCGAGCGACGAAGAUACAAACAAUCCUUCCUGGUGUGGACUGGUGUUUUGGAACCUCGAGUUCGACACAUGAUUGACAACUGCCCGCCUGCCAAACAACGUAUCGCCGGCUUUGAGACUUUGUCUAUUGAUUUCUUCCCCCGCGAGUCGCACUUAAUCACUUUCAGAGACCCUUGGAGUUUCCCAAUCCUAUACCACCCAAGCUGCAAUAACCUGGUCGCACGUCACAUGAAAAUUCUAGCUCAAAAGAUUACGGGUGUGUGCGUCACAUUGGGCGAGUACCCGAAGGUUCGCUACUACAGGCCAAAGAAUCCUCUGCACGAGGCUAGUGUUCUCUGCUCUCAUCUUGCCCGUUUCGUUCAAGAAGAACUGGACGAGUAUGCGCAGUGGAACCAAAACUUCCCCCCGCAAAGCUCGAGGCCUACGGGAACGCUCAUCAUUACCGACAGAUCGAUGGAUUUGAUGGCGCCACUUGUGCACGAGUUUACCUAUCAGGCAAUGGCUCACGACUUGCUGGAUAUUAAAGACGGCGACAAGGUGACGUAUCACAUGAUCACCAACGAAGGAACACCCGAAGCAGAGGAGAAGGAUAUGGAAUUGUCCGAUAAAGACACAGUCUGGGUGGACAACCGACACAGGCACAUGAAGGAUACCAUCGAUAAACUCAUGGGAGAUUUCAGAAAGUUCUUGGAGGCUAACCCUCACUUCGUCAACGAGGAACAAGACACGACAAGUCUGAACGCCAUUAGGGACAUGUUGGCUGGGUUGCCGCAGUUCCAGGAGAUGAAAGAGGCUUACUCACUCCAUCUCAACAUGGCCCAAGAAGCCAUGAACAUCUUUCAGCAUCACAAGCUGCCAGACAUUGCCUCUGUCGAGCAAAGUCUCGCGACAGGGCUGGACGAGGACUUUAAGAAGCCCAAAAACAUACUGGACCAGGUUGUGCGACUCUUAGAUGACGAGGCUGUCACACCAAGCGAUCGUUUGCGGCUUGUUAUGCUCUAUGUGAUGUACCGGGACGGCGUCAUUAUGGAGGAUAUCAACCGAUUACUGGCCCACUCCGGGCUGCCUCAGAGAGAUGGUGAGAUCGUAGUAAACCUUGAGCUGCUGGGCGGACGCCCUGUCCACGGAUUAAAAGACACCCGGCCCCCUCCACCACCUCUAUUCACGAAGAACACAAAGCCCGCGGAUGUCAGCGAAGAAUACUCUCUAUCUCGCUUCGAAACAGCGAUGCAGACAAUGUUGGAGGAGCUCUGCCGAGGCACCCUAGAUCAGACAACGUUUCCCUACGUGAAGCCGCCCUUAGAUCCCAACGAGGAUCUUUUGGCCUCGCAACAGGGCUCACUCCGCGCAGGCAGGCCGAACUGGGCGGCAGCGGGACGUCGACCACCAGAAAACCGACAGCGCUUCCUCGUGUUCAUGGCCGGUGGUGCGACAUUCAGCGAGAGCAGAGCAUGCUAUGAAGUUUCCGCCCGCCAAGGCAAGGACAUUUUCCUGGCGACAAGUCAUAUGCUUACCCCGCAACUCUUCGUCCGCCAAGUGGGCGAUCUCACCAAGGACAAGCGCACGCUCGACAUCCCCUUGGAGCGACCGACGCCCCGCGCUCCUGCAUGGGUUUACGAACGCCCAGCUCCUCCGCCAAACCCCAUGGCAAACCGCCCUGGAGCGGGUAUGGCGCCUCCACAACAGCAAGGCUUGCCGGCGGGAGGCCGCAGACCACCCCCUGCUGGUGGCCUCCCCGGACGCCCUGUCGCGCCGCCGACAGCUCAGAUGAGCAACAUGAGCCUUAACAGCGGCGCGCCCGUACCUGACGGCGGCGCCUCCCCUGCGCCGUCAGACAGCGGAAAGCCGCACAAGUUGGAAAAGGACAAGAAGCGUCGUAACUUCUUGGGUAUGAAGAAAAGCAGCAAGGACAAAAACUAA